UACACCUUCCAAAUCAUCUAAACUCCUCCAUCAACCAUGAUAGGCUCUGUGGUGCUCCACACUCCUCGAAGCUUGUGGCGUUCUGUGCAUAUCUUCUUGGUCACUGAUCAUAAACUGUCACAGAUUACAGGACCUAGCUAGUAAGUAGCUAGCUCAGAAAAUGAAGGCACUACUUUUUCCCUUGAUAAUUCUCUUUGCUCUCUGCACUGUUCAGGCAUUUUCUCAAUCACCUGGAGGUCAUCCGCAAAAGCCCAACAACGACACCAUCCUGAGGAUCUCCAAGCAACUAUGCUGGGGCUGCAUUGGAGAGUCACUCCAGUUCUUGUUCCAACACAACAUGGUUAGAGCAGCAAAGUGGGAGAUGCCACUCAUGUGGGAUUUCCAGCUCGAGAGGUACGCACGGUGGUGGGCCGGCAUCCGAAAAGCCGACUGCAAGCUGCAGCAUUCGUUCCCGGAAGACGGGUUCAAGCUGGGAGAGAAUAUUUACUGGGGCAGCGGCUCGACGUGGACUCCGAUCGACGCCGUGAAUACCUGGGCUGCUGAGGAGAAGUACUACACUUAUGCAACGAAUACGUGCGAGGCGGGUCAAAUGUGCGGGCACUAUACUCAGAUUGUGUGGAAGAGUACGAGGAGAGUCGGGUGUGCUAGGGUUCUGUGUGAUGAUGGAGAUGUGUUUAUGACUUGUAACUAUGAUCCGCCUGGUAAUUAUAUUGGUGAAAAGCCUUAUUAAGUGUUCAUUCUUAAUGUGAGUUGUGUGGGGUGUCGUGAUGUUUGGGCUUUGAACUUGAUGAUUGUCCUUCUGUCCUUCUGUGUAUCUUUCUGUCAAUAUUUGUGUAUGAUCAACUGCUCAUGAUAUUAAGCAUGAG